GCCCCCCGCCCGAGGCAGGGCCGGUCCGCCAUGGCGUCCGGCGCGGCGCGGCUUCGGGCGGGCUCCGAGGCGCGGCUGAGCCUGGCGGCCUUCCUGCUGGGCGGCUCGGUCACCGGCCUGCCCCUCCUCACCAGCGCCGGCCUGCAGGGCCGCACCGGCCUGGCCCUCUACGUGGCCGGCCUCAACGCGCUGCUGCUGCUGCUCUACCGGCCGCCGCGCUACCAGAUAGCCAUUCGAGCCUGCUUCCUGGGCUUCGUCUUUGGAUGUGGUUUGCUGCUAAGUUUUAGCCAGACCUCUUGGAAACAUUUUGGCUGGUACAUGUGUUCCCUGUCUUUAUUCCAUUAUUCUGAGUAUUUGGUGACAGCAGUCAAUAAUCCUAAAAGUUUGUCCCUGGACUCCUUUCUUCUGAAUCACAGCGUAGAGUAUUCAGUUGCUGCUCUCUCAUCUUGGAUAGAGUUCACAGUUGAAAAUAUCCUUUUUCCAGAAAUAAAGCAGAUUUUCUGGCUCAGUACCAUUGGGUUACUGAUGGUGGUCUUUGGGGAAUGUCUGAGGAAAGUGGCUAUGCUUACUGCUGGUUCAAAUUUCAACCAUGUUGUUCAGAAUGAGAAAUCAGAAACUCAUACUUUAGUGACAAGUGGAGUCUACGCGUGGUUCAGGCACCCCUCUUAUGUUGGCUGGUUCUACUGGAGUAUUGGAACUCAGGUGAUGCUCUGUAACCCCAUCUGUGUGGUGGGCUACACUAUGGUCGUCUGGCGAUUUUUUCGCGAUCGAACAGAAGAGGAGGAAAUCUCAUUAAUUCACUUCUUCGGGGAGGAGUACCUGGAGUAUAAAAAGAAGGUGCCGACGGGCCUGCCUUUUAUAAGUGGCGUCAAAGUGGAGCUAUAAUGGGUGAAAUACAAUCCAGGGGCAUAUUUGGUCAUAAAUGAGACCGAACAAGGUAACCUUGGGUGCUGGGCAGCAACUAAGAGUGAACGGCACAUUGUACUACACCACAAAGGAUUUUAGUAGCCAUUUUUGAUCUUACCCUCUGAGCGCCUCUAAGAGCUAGGUGGCCAGAAGGCCUAAUGAAUGCACGAGAUCUAAAGGUCCAUCAUUGCCCCCUAGCCAAGGUAGAACUUCCUACUAAUAUGAAGCGAGGAGCAAAUCAGUUAUUUACUUAUAGUGAUCCUUGAAACUUAAUACUGGUAAGAAGUUGAAAAGAAGGCCUUUUCCCGUGAGAGGUAUGGUGUUUUACCCUCAUUACCCUGAAGAUUUCCUGGAAACAGAUGGAGUCGCUACUUCCCCUUAAUGUGAAUAUCAUCGAAGGGGUAGUGGCAUCUAUAAGUGCUUCUUAUUUUUAGUGCAAACUCAUUUUAAAGCUUUCUCACCUAAAGAGAAAGGCCAGACAGCAUAGCUUUACCCACUUUGUUUCCAUCUUUUAAAUUCAUGAACAUCUAUUUCAUUUUGAAGACAGUGUCUUUGGUUGUUCACGUUGUUCUUUUUGAUGGCUGGGUUACCGAGUAUCUUUUGGCAUCUGCCUGAAUCACUUCCACUGAGUGAACCAGUCACCAAGCUUGCAUAUAUCAGUAAGUAAGGGUAAAAAUGGACAUUGUUCAAUACCUGGAUUGUCUUCAGGUGUGGGACAGUUGAGUGUGGCAUUUUUUCCUGUGAUUUUUGGGGGGCAGUGGUGGCCUACUUGCAAUAUAGCUACAAUCAAAGCCUGAUCAGCCCCAUAAUGUUUUUGGAGAACUAGUGUCCCUUGCUUUUUUUCCCCUCCUUCCCAGGCUUGUAAAAAAAAGUGUUAUGAGUGGGAAGGGGGUGCCUGGGUAUUGCGUGUUUCACCCACUGGAAAAUUAUGCAGCUUUGUGGGAAGGAGAGUCGGGCCUACUGAAAAUUAUCACUGCCCACAAUUGAAAUAGGUCACUGCAAUAGUUCUCUCCUCUUUUGCUUUGCCAUUCUGCUCUAGUGCAUUGUUUAUGCUUUAGAUGCUCACUGUGGGACUCUGCUAAACUGUUUGUCCUCCAUCUUAUCCAUUCCAUUCAGGUGUCCAUAAGUGGCUUUUCAGAUUAUCAUUUUGGGGUUGGGCAACAAUUUCAAUUCACUCCCUGGUGAAAGAAAACUUAAUUGUUGAGAGAAAUCCCAGCUGCAGGCCAAACUUCAAAAAGUGCAAGCUUUUCUGAAUCAAAUGUACAGGCUUUGAGAAGUACGUUCAUGUUUGGUUCUGGAAUAGGUUUGUAGAUGAGGAGCUUUCAUCUGGGGACGAAAUCCUUCGAAAAGGGUGGGAAGUGACACUGGUGAGAUUUGAACGAGGAGGCAGCCUGGUCCAGUGGGGAGAGAGCACUGGCUUGGGUCAGGAAAUUAGGGUUCAAGUCCCAGUCUUACUGCUGACUCACUGUGUGGCCUUGGGUAAGUCACUUAACCCCUCUGUGCCUCAAGUUUCCCCAUCUGUGAAAUGGGGUUAAUAAUACUUGCCACCUACCUCACAGGGGUUCUUGUGAGGACUCAUGAGAUAAAUGUCUGUUAAACACGUUAGAUGAGACGUGUAUAAACACAAGCUAUAUUUAUAUACGAUGAUUCUAUGGAAAAUAGGGAAACAUUCGGAUGACUGUCUCCAUAUAAAAAUGACACAUUUUGCCACUUAGAAAUCUUUAAUUCCAGAUUUUGCAAUUUUAUUUUAUUUCCUGUUCCAAUAUACCAAAGAGGUUUACAGGUACUUUGAUAACUUGGUAGGAGAAUUAGUUGGGAAAUUGUUAGGCUUGGAAGUAUUUGCCUAUUUACAGAACUCUAAUAGGAUGAAGAAAAAAAGAUUCGUACUGAAGCAUUCAGCGGUGUUUCUAACUACCACUUAGUCCCUGAGGGAGAGUUUAAAUGCAAAUAUUUUGUAACUUCAUUUGAGGUAAUUCCAAGCUCGUUCCCCCUCCAAACCAUGCUCCAUUGAACAACCUCCUUUCCUAGAGCAGCAGAAUAUUGGAAGGAAUUGUGGAACUUUUUAGGCAGUCCUUUCUCCAGGCCUUUGAGUCUUCCUUGCUGAACCCGGCAAGAGGCAAAUUCAGGCUUUCAGUCCAUGUGGAGGGCAACUUGUUUGUUUUGGAGAGACCUGCUGCUGGGGUGUAUAUGUUCUGUAGACUUUACCAGGACAGCAAGGCUGAAGGUGUUGGAACAGUAUUCUUCCCCCUCCGCCGUCAGUCUCCAAGUGAAGACCUUCAUUCGACUGUCCCUGGAGAGAGCCAAGGCUGUUCUAAACCUAGGUCUUAAAUGUUGCACUGUGAUAUGUUGCUGCUAUUAAGCUACCCUAACCGAGCUCUUCUACCCUCUGGUUGGUUUAGGGAGAUGACGAUGAUGGAAAUUAUGAGGGUGCCGGAGAGAGGUCCUGUUUCCGCCUUAAGACGUAAAGCCAGGGUGGAAGUCGCAGCUUACUUUGAGAGAAUGCAAAUCAUUUUCAGGACAGUGUUUGAGUCCUUCUUAUCACACCCCAGUUCUGGCCCCAGUGCUCUUCAGUUUCGUUUUAGAUAUAUAAACGUAGCAAUAACAAUAUACAUUGCAGAAAAGUAAGUGCUUCUGUGGCGUUCACUGCAAGAUCCACAUCACUGAUUCCUUCUAGUUAAGAAAUUCUCCGGAGUAUUUCGUUUUCUGCUUUUUCUCCCUUUCGAUGGUUUUUAAACUGAAAUUUUUAUUCAGAAAAUGGGUUCUGUGAAACAGAAAGCUUUUUAAAAUACCUGAAAAUGAAUUCUCAUUACUGCGUCAAGAUUUGUAGGCUACUCCAUGUUUGGCUUAUGGGGAAUAAGUUCCACUGUGGGUCGGUUAGGUGUUGCAAGAUCCCUAGGUGAUCCCAGUGAGAGCUGGAAAUCUCACUAAACUGGCCUCUAGGCCUUUAGAGAGCCAGUUUGAGAAUGGCCAAUUCUUGCCAUCUGUUCACGCACCGUUCUCCCCUGUUCUCUUACAUUUCUGGACGGUCGACCAAAUAGAAAACAAUGAUUCCUAAUUCAAACAGUAGUGUUAACAUACCGACGAGUUCUUCUCGAAAGACCCGGGACCAAAAUCAGUCAUUGGUUUGACCUCCCAGAAAAAGGCACUUAGCAAAUUGGCCAUCCCUUGCACUUUCUUAUUGCCUGGGGUAGUUUCUAAACUCCCACUGUAUGUUGUUUCUGUAAGAAUUUGGUGGUGAUCGCAUAAAGGCCUGAGCAUUUCCGUGGUAGUGGGAGAUCAUAAACUGGUAUGUUGUUCCCCUUCUUACAAAGGCUUGGUAACUUGUGAGGGGAUAGGGAAAGUUCUUUCCCAGCUUCCACCUGGAGCAGUCUGGUUUGCCUGCUCUUUGGAUAGCCUGCCCCGUACCAAGGGUGUAUUAAACUAAUGGAGUAAUUGUUCUACUCUUCUUUUUACAUGAAAAAAUGUUUACAUGAAAAAACGUUUAUUUAAAUAUUUGAAAAUGGAUUUUCUUUUCACAGAUGUUGAUUAUGCUUUCCAUUUCUUAAAUAAAACUGAACUUGACUUCAGUAUGAGACGGC